AUGGUUUUGGUCGAUAACCAUGGUGCAAAAAACGAUGGGAAGCUCGUGGAUUUUCGAGGAAAUCCGGUCGACAAAUCAAGAACCGGCGGGUGGUUGGCUGCAGGGCUUAUCUUAGGAACCGAGCUGUCCGAAAGGAUAUGCGUGAUCGGCAUAUCCAUGAACAUGGUCACGUAUUUGGUCGGUGAUUUGCACCUUUCGUCUGCUAAAUCGGCAAACAUCGUCACAAACUUCAUGGGGACUCUCAACCUUCUCGGCCUCCUUGGCGGAUUUGUGGCCGACGCUAAACUAGGCCGUUAUUCGACCGUUGCAAUCUCUGCCUCCAUAGCAGCUUUGGGAGUGACUCUCUUGACUCUGGCCACGACAAUCCCGGGCAUGCGUCCCCCGCCUUGCCACGCCCCGCGCAGGAGCACGUGCAUCGAGGCCAACGGCCACCAGCUGGCGAUGCUCUACACGGCCCUCUACACGAUCGCAGUCGGUGGCGGCGGAAUCAAGUCGAACGUGUCGGGAUUCGGGUCGGACCAAUUCGACAUGUCCGACACGAAGGAGGAGCGUGCAAUGAAUUACUUCUUCAACCGGUUCUACUUCUGCAUCAGCCUCGGCUCGCUUUUCGCGGUGACCGUGCUCGUGUACAUUCAGGACAAUGUCGGGAGAGGAUACGGAUACGGAAUAUCGGCCGGGACCAUGAUCGUGGCCGUUGGUGUUCUGCUUUGCGGGACAAGCGUGUACCGGUUCAGGAAGCCCGAGGGAAGCCCGUUGACCGUGGUUUGGAGGGUCGUUUGGGCCGCGUGGAGGAGGAGAAGCCUUGGUUUUCCUCCCGAAAACACGAUGCUGAAUGAGUAUUCCUCUGCGAAGCUUCCUCACACGGCGAAACUAAGGUGUCUAGACAUGGCGGCCAUACUCGACGAGCACAAGACUGUAUCGGGAGUACCAUGCACCGUGACUCAAGUGGAGGAGGUGAAAAUGGUAGUGAUGCUACUCCCGAUAUGGUCGACUUGCAUCCUCUUCUGGACCGUGUACUCGCAGAUGAACACGUUCACAAUCGAGCAGGCAACAUUCAUGGACCGGCGACUCGGGUCAUUCCCGGUCCCAGCCGGCUCAUUCUCAUUCUUCCUCAUCUCCACCAUUCUCCUCUUCACCUCUCUCAACGAACGAGCCAUUGUCCCACUGGCCCGGCGGUUCACGGGUCGGGCACAGGGCCUCACCAGCCUCCAGCGGGUCGGGAUCGGGCUCGUGUUUUCCGUUGCCGGAAUGGGGGCGGCAGCUCUCGUCGAGCGGCGGCGGAGAAGCUUUUUCGUGGAGGAGAAUGUGAGGAUAACGGCAUUUUGGCUUGUGCCGCAGUUUUUCCUUGUGGGGGCCGGUGAGGCGUUUGCGUACGUGGGACAGCUGGAGUUCUUCAUAAGGGAGGCGCCGGAGAGGAUGAAGUCGAUGAGCACGGGACUUUUCCUGAGCACGCUUUCGAUGGGGUAUUUCGUGAGCAGCUUGCUGGUGUCGCUGGUGGAUCGGGUGACCGGCGGGUCGUGGCUUAGGAGCAACCUGAACAGGGGAAAGUUGGAGAAUUUUUACUUGUUGCUGGUGGUUUUGGGGGUACUGAAUUUCGGGGUGUUUGUGUGGUUCGCCGUUAGGCAUCAGUACAAGGUGCAUAACUACGCGUCGCCGGAAAAAGAUGAAGUAGCUGCUGUUGCUGCAACAGAAGAGCCUUAG